AUGUCCGCCACUAGUCCGGUCUACGACCGCACCGCCGAGCUCCGCGCGCUGGACACGACACUCGCCGGCGUUCGCGGCCUCGUCGCUUCUGGCGCCACGCACGUCCCUCGCAUCUUCAUGCCCCCCGGCCAAGAACCGUCCGUGGCAACCGUCACGGUGAUCGACCUCGGCUGCGCCGACCGCGCGACCGUGCUGGGCUGCGGCGGAGUGGGGGUUCUUCAAGGUGACGGACGCGGGGUCCCCGGCGAGGCCAUGGCCACGGCGGUGCGGGCGUUCCACGAUGCGGACGGCGGGGAGGGCAGCGACAAGGCGCGGCUCUACUCGCGGGAGCCAGGGAAUGCGGUCAAGUACCACUGCCUCUUGGACCUGUACCAGUCGCCCGUGGUCACCUGGUGCGACACGCUCUACCUCCACAUGGCGCCCGACCCGCCCAUCGCCGACGAGCUGCCGGAGAGCUACCGCCUACCGGUGAGCGUGCCCUGUCUCUUAAUCGUACUCUAG